AGUCACUUCCGUUGAGUUUUUCGUUUUAGUUCGAGUUCGGAGUUUCGGGGCACGCGACACACAGAACGCAGAAGCCAAAAGCAGCUGUCCACUGAAAAAGACCAGAAACCACAUUACAUCAGUCACCUUUAAACAUUCGCUCGGGAAACAACGUGCUCUAAGGACAACCACCCACUAAAAACAGCAAGAAAAACCUCAGAUAACCAUGGCUGCCUUGAGCUUCAGCCCAUCGCCACCGCCCAAGGAGAAUCCCAAGGAGAAUGCCACCCCAAAGGCCACGCUAAAACCCUUUGGCAAGAUCACCGUGCACAAUGUUCUCAGCGAAAGUGGCGCGAAUGCGCUGCAACAGCAUAUAGCCAAUCAGAAUACGAUUAUCCGCAAGAUACGCGAUUUCGGGAUGCUGGGAGCGGUUCAAAGUGCCGUGGCGAAUACGACCAGUACCACACCGAUACCCAGUCAAAGGAAGAGACCGCUGGGAGAAUCGCAGAAGCAGAAUCAAUUGCAGAAUUCCAGUGCCAAAUCUUCAGUGCCCGCCAAGAGAAGCAAGAAGGAGAAGAAGCUGCCGGUGGAGAAGACACCCAAGGUAGCUACUACCCCCAAUCAACCCAGUAAAAUCCCAAGCCAAAAUCAAAGUGAUCUGGGAACCCCCGGAAGAAAGGGUUUACCUUUGCCCCAGGCGGUGGCUCGUCGAAAUGCGCGGGAAAGGAAUCGCGUGAAGCAGGUGAACAAUGGUUUUGCCCUGCUGCGCGAGAAGAUUCCCGAGGAGGUUUCCGAGGCCUUCGAGGCGCAAGGAGCGGGCAGGGGUGCCAGCAAGAAGCUAUCCAAGGUGGAGACCCUUCGCAUGGCCGUCGAGUAUAUCAGGAGUUUGGAGAAGCUGCUCGGCUUCGAUUUUCCACCGCUCAGCGGUCAGGGAAAUAGUUCCGGUUCGGGCGAAGAUAGCUUCAUGUUCAUCAAGGACGAAUUCGAUGGUCUCGACGAGCAUUUCGAUGACUCGCUGAGCAACUACGAGAUGGAGGAGCAGCCUGCAACUCUGCCAGUGGAGACUCUGCCACCCAUUCAAAGUAACCCCAGCGAUCUCCUGCCCAGUUUGACCAGCCUGAAUGGGAUGCAGUACAUCAGGAUACCGGGCACGAAUACCUAUCAGCUGCUAACGGCCGAAUUGCUAGGCGAUUUGAGUCAGGAGCAGCAGCAACAGCAACCGACAGCUGCUUCGUCUUCGCCCGUGCCACAAAAGGUGGCAAGAAGUGCCUGCUCCUCGCCAGUUUCACCUGUCGCCGCCACGAACGAGCUGCUCUUGCAGGCGUGUGCCGCCCAGCUGCAACAGCAACUGAUCAAACAGGAAUACGUCAGUGGCAGCAGCAACAUUAACAGCAACACCAGCAACACAUUGACUUCCCCGCAGCAACAGCAGCAGCAGCAGCAGGUUCAGAUCCUGGGAUCCUCGCCCAUUUUGCCCGCUUUCUACGACCAGGAACCCGUUAGUUUCUACGACAAUGUCGUAUUGCCCGGCUUCAAGAAGGAAUUCAGCGAUAUCCUGCAGCAGGAGCAGCCCAACAACAACAGCAACAACACAGCAGGCGGUUGCCUCUCCGAUGAGAGCAUGAUCGAUGCCAUCGAUUGGUGGGAGGCACACACACCCAAAUCCGAUGGCACCUCCACCAAUCUGUCCAUGUAGCCGAAAAAAAAACAAACUAGAGCUUGAAAAUUAUCGAUGUUUUCGA